UUUGCGCAUGCUCAGACAAAAUGGCUUCAACCUACAGUGCGGAGUGGCGGUCUGUCUGCGAGAAAUUUCGGCGAGCACAGCACCUAACCGAUGUGGAAUCCAAAAAAGAUCCGGAAAACGAUCCUUUUCGCUCAAAAUACAAAGCUCGGGAGGUUUUGAAGGAAAUAUAUAAUAUUCUGAAGAGGUAUGACAGCGAGGACAACGAAAGUGAGCAAACGGGUGGGGAUCACGAUCGUGACGAUGAUCACGAUGGAGAGCCGGGCUGUGGGAGCGCCCACCCCGGAGACUCAGCGGCCGGCCUCCGAGCAGCUCGACUUGGAGCGAUAGAGUAUUUCCUGGGGGUAAACCAUGUGGAAACGGAGGAGCUGUCCGCUGGAGAAGAGCAUUUGAUGAACUGCAUGAAGCUACUCGACAAGUGUCUCGUAUCCCGGGAGAAUGUCUCAGUUUUCAUACAGGCCAGGAAUCAGCUGGGGAUACUGUGGGCCGGGCGAGAUGAAAUCGAGAAGGCGCAGGGCUUUCUGGAAACCGCCGAGUCCAUUUACCUUCGCUACAUGAAGGAGGAUGGGCAGCCGCCAACAGACCUAGCAGAGUUCUUUGUGGGAGAAGAAGAAGAAUUGUCUCAGCAAGAGAGAACCAGAAGGUUCGAGAUGGCAUACACUCACACCUUGUAUUAUCUGGCACAAGUUUACAAGAACCAGGAGCACUACGAGAAGGCGGGGCGCUACUGCCACAUCACCCUACAGAGGCAGCUGGCGUUUGACCAGUUUGUACCCCUAGACUGGGCAAUCAAUGCUGCCACUCUUUCUCAGUAUUACAUCACUAAGAGCUGCUAUAUGGAGGCACGGCACUGCUUGGCUGCAGCCAGUGUCAUCGCAGGCCUGGCGGGAGAGGUUCCGUCCGAGGCGGCUGCCCAGGAAAGUGAGGCUGAAAAUGAGAAGAGGGAGCAGCUUCGUCAGAAGAGGGCAGAAAUUGCUAGAUGUUGGAUCAAAUAUUGUCUUAAUCUCCUGCAAGAUGCCAAGAAACUUCUGGAGGACAAUAUCGGGGAGCUUGAUAUUGAGCGGCAGGAAGAGCUGAAGAGAGCUCGGAGGAGGGAAGAGGAGGAGAAGGAGCAAGGGCGCAAGAGCGCCGUGCUGUUUGGCUCAAGUGAGACCUCCGACUCCAUCUGCGCUCUGGAGGAGAAGGUAAGCUGUGCCCUGCCGCUGGACUUCCAGGAGGCCCGUGCCAUUUUCCUGGUAGGGCAGAGUCACGUGGCCGAGGCAAAGGAGUACUUCCAGAUGGACGGCCACGUGACGGACCACAUCGAGAUCCUGCAAGACCACAGCGCCCUCUUCAGUGCGCUCUCCUUCUUUGAGGAGGAUCUGGAGCGACGCUGCAAGAUGCACAAGCGGCGUGUGGAUAUGUUGGAGCCCAUCUGCAAGGACCUGAACGCCCAGUAUUACCUGCUCAUCUGCCGGCAGCUGCAGUUCGAGCUGGCGGAGACCUACUACGAGAUGAUGGACCUCAAGCUAGCCCUGGCCAACAAGCAGGAUGAGCUGGAUGCACACAGUAUCAAGAAGUUCAACCACCUAUGCAACGCAUCUAUCAAGUAUUAUCAGAAGUUCCUGGACUCCAUCCGCUCACCUGAGGGCAAGUUCCCGGAGAAGCUGGAGGAGGACGUGCUCCGGCCAGCUCUGGUGGCCAAGUUCCGCAUCGCUCGCCUACACAGCCGGAUCAUCUCAUCUGAUGUCUCCGCGCAGCUGCAGAAUCUGAGCCGCUCCUUAGACUGCUACAACUUUGUGGUGCACUACUGUGAAGAGAACCCGGAGGCCCGGAAAGCCGUGGAGACGGAGCUGGAGCUCAGCGAGGAGAUGGUCAGCCUCUUGCCAUUGAAGAUUGAACGCCUCAGAGCUAAGAAGGCAUCUUCCAACUGAGUUUUCCCUGCCAAUGCCUUGUGAAUUCUUCUGAAACCCUUCACCAACCCCUUUUUGGUCCAGCAGUCAUUCGUUUCCCUUUAACACCUUACAUUUCCCUCAUUGUUUAAUUUGAUGCGCCGUUAGCGUUACCUGAAUGGUCUCGAGCUGCAGUUUUCAAUAAAUACUACAUUUUGCAUGAGCCUCACUUCGUUGUUCAUAUGUAUUUUAAAUUUAUCUGUGAAUGUGCUAACUGUACCUCAUCGCCUAAGUAACUCAUUGCAUUAUACUGUAUAUAUAAAAAAUAAAUGUAUAA